ACUAUAAAGAAAACCAAGCAUCACUCGGCCUACCUUUACCUACCUACAAGGCUAUGAUUGAGCAUAUGGCAAUAUUUUGUGCAGCUGACAUCAUCUAAUCAUGUACAUAUAUUUUUUCAUCUUUAGAGGUUAUGCAACCAUUCGCCUCACCGCCACAAUAAUAUUGGCAUGCAACUGUGCAUAGUGGAGCAUUUUGCGGAUAACGUGUGGAAGAUUGUGUACUUUUGUUCUUAUCUACUUAACCUCCUUGUCUAAAUGUUUUAUUUGAUUUCCUGCUAAAGACGAUUAAUGACAUCUGAUUAAAACAAGGCCGCUGCACAAUUGGGUCCAUCAUGUCCCUCGCUACCAACAGUCAGCUCUUACUCUCAAACGUGAUACUUAGCACACAGGUGGCAUCUCUGGAUGGACAUGACCGUGGGGAUGCGACCGAUUUUACGACAGAGUUCCUGACCAUGAUGGCUAGCACUGAAGUAGGUUCGACACAAAACGAAACGCUUAUUCUCCCAAAUAUCCCUCUAGGACAACCUACCAUGGUGGACUUAGGUAUCGGUUUCGGUCAUUUAGAAGGUAUCCAGUUUAAGAUAGCCAUCUCGAUCAUGGCCAUCCUUGAAGCCUUGGUGAUCGUGACUAACGUCAUCGUCUUAGCGACUAUACGACGCCAUCGUCAGCUUCGUACGACUACGAGUAUGUACAUUAUUAGUUUAGCGAUAAGUGAUUUAUGCUGCGGGCUAGGGAUGCCCAUUGGUUUACUUGCGAAAUAUAUCCCGGAUUUAUUCUUACAUUCGUUGUAUGUAUGCAUCUUGCCUUUCUGUAUUCUGCUUACUGUGCUCGCAUCCGCCAUCUUGAAUCUUCUAGCCGUCUCGAUCGACCGAUAUAUCGCGCUGAAAAAUCCCUUACGGUAUGCCUCGAUCAUGACGAAAAAGCGGUCACGGAUCAUCAUCAUUAGCACGUGGAUAUUCUCUUUUAUUAUUGGGUGUAUACCAUUUGUGUGGCAUCAUAAAGAGACGUAUACACCACACAGCAGCACUGGGUAUUGCCAGUGGUACAGAGUUGUCACAAGGGGUUAUAUGAUAAUGUAUACAGUGUUGAUCCUAUCCCUCCCCAUUGUCGUUAUAAUGGCGCUCUACAUCAAGAUAUUUUCCAUCGCCAGAAGUCACGCCAGGAGCAUUGAUUCUCGAGCUCGUGUCGCUGCAAUCUCGAGGGCUUCAGCACCGCCAUCAGUCAACGAAACGUCGAAGGUGAACACCAUAGCACAUCCACAAGGCAUACCUCGCAAAAAGCUCUCAGACACUGGCAGCAUUUCAUCGACAUCUUCCAGAACUGUCAUGUCGAAGCUCACUGUCGAAAGUCGAGUCGCAAUCACUAUCGGUAUGAUUGUAUUCACAUUUGUCGUCUGCUGGCUGCCAUUGACUGUGACUCUCCUGCUUGGAGUUCUAGGCGGGGGAAACUGUGAAGUGUCGCCUGAAGUUCGCGGAUGGCUGGGCCUCCUGGCGCUCUUGAACAGUUUCUUCGAUCCUUUCAUCUACACCAUCAGAACGAAAGACUUCCGAUUGGCGUUCCGGGAGCUCCUCACGCGCGCGAGGAGCCGGUGUGUAGGCAAUGUUUGCCGACGACGACGACCGGACGACGAGGACUGCGAGAACAACCGGUUAUCGGCUUACAAAAUGGUGUCCCGUGGUUCGAACGCGAACACCAUCUCGAUGAGCGUUGCAACCGUUGAUGGCGCUUUGGUUAAAGGUGUUGGAUGUCAGACAAAUUUUAAAGAUUGUUCAACUAUUACGAACUUUUGCGACAGCGGGACACUGACAACCGAAGGGGCUGAUUCUAAGCAAUUAGGACUGAAUGGUCAUCCAUUGACAUAGGAACAUUGUCGUUGCAAUAGCUUUUAGAAAUGAUAUAAAUAUGAGUACAACAAUUGUCAAAUCACGCUGGUUGUUUGAGGUCUGCACUCACGUAUUAACAAGGGCAAAGUGUAUUCUGAACAACUUUAUGGUAUUUAUGAAAGAGUACCAGUAUUAUGUAUCGUUUUGGAUGACCGAUAGUUAUUUCAAAAUGUGUUCUUUUUAUUUUUGAAAUCAUGAACGUCGAGACGAUAAUAUCUAAAUUGGUACCAAAGUUGGGCAUUGAAAUACUUUAAUAACUAAAAGCCUUUACAAAUCUGUUUGCUGCUUGUUAAAUCUAUUUUGCUUUCUAACAAUAAGGGUAACUAAAGUAUUUCAACACGACAUUGUAUAUUUAUUUUGUUAAAACUGUACAAAUAUUUUUAAAACUUAGCUAUUUAUUGAAGUUAACAGCUGAAUGUAUGCCAUGCGUACCUCAAAAUACGUAGUACAUGUAUAUGUGUAUAACUUAUUUAAAUUUAUUGUUUGUAGCAACAACUGAAAUUUUGUAGAACGAUUAGUAGAACAUGGAAAUAUAAAAACGUAGAAUUGCAUAUGUUAGGAGCAUAUAGUGUUGCAACGUAAUCUCUAAAUCAUAACGAAAAUUCUUGACAUGAGAUUGAAUGUUCGUCAAAAAUGAUUGUCCUUAUCGGAUUCAACCAAAUCUGUUUCGAAUAUAGAUAACGCCACAAAUUGGAAAUACCUGCUUUCCUAUCCAAUUAAGUGACUUAAACUGUGCAAAGAUAAUUAAGAUAAAUGGACGCUCAGAACCUAUUACCAGUAAUUUCGAUAAUUUUACAAAAAACGAUUUGUGUGAUUUUACGCCACCGCUUUCUCCAUCGGUACUAUAGGGAUUUUUAGAUUUACACGACGAGAACAUGGACCUGUACGUGUGAGGCACUGCCGGGCAGCGUUAUUUUUUCUGCGGCACAUAUUGAGCCCCAAUAAAAAAGCCCCAAUCUGUGCCGCAGACAAAAAUGACGCUGCAGGGCACUGCCAGUGCCUUAAAAGGAUGUCGCACGUAGAGGUCCACGUUCUCGUCGUGCAAAUCUAAAAGUCCCUAAUGACGCGAUCGCAAUGACCCUCAAGAAUGCCAUAAUGAUUCCUUAGGCUGGUAAUCAUUUCCGGAUUACAUCAUCGCAAAGUGACUCACAAUGCUAUUAAAAACGCCGCGCCCUAGGUUAAUUUUAUUUCUUUUUUUGUUUUUAAAAAUCUUCGCCAUCGUCACGUGGUCAAUGGUCAAAUUAGAUAUUACAGACAUUACAGGCAUCGCAAUAAUCACAAUGAAAAGUAUAUUAUGUUCUUGAAGAAUAUAUUUGCGAAUUCGUCCCUCCUUGAAUUUUGCCAUCUGUGAUGAGAUAAUCGACCUCUCAUUUUAAACUGAAGUGGACUCGAUAUGAAGUAAAUUUUGUUUAAAUUCAUUAAAAAUACACAUUACGGAUAUGAUAGAACUUGACAUUUUGAAGAUGAGAUAUUUGUAUCAUGCAUGGUCACUGCUCGGGUCAGUACGAUCCGACAAGGUUUUAGAAUAGGCCGGUUUACUAAUAUAUUCAAAUUUAUGAAUUUUUCUUUCCUGCAUGGGACCUCUAGUGACGAGUUAUUUAAUUAACAUGUUAUUAAUGAAUUAACUACAAUACUCUACAAUACUUAUUGCUAUGUCGAAAAGGCCUCGGGCUAGUUUCCAGUCUGUCAAGAACAACCUUUAUUUAGAAAGUAUGCACAACUUUUAGUAAACCGGUAUAUUGUUUCGCUAUGAAAUAGGUUAGAGCGUUGGUCAAUGCCAUAUAGACUUUGAUUAUUUUAAGAGCAGAUGUUGUGCGUGGUAUAUGUGAUUCAGCCACAAUAUUAAAUAGGCGGAUCUGACAUUAUGCCGAUGUAUUUUUUAAAUGGCACAAUUAAUCAAGGCUCUUGUGUAACAUUCUCUAAUCGUUCGUAUACGCAGAUCAAUGAUAUAGAAAAAGAUCGAGUUGCAACAUAAUUAAUGGCGCUCGAUUUCCUUCUAUUUAGACUGUACAUGUACUAAAUUAAAGGUGCUCCUACAGAAAUUCUAGUAGAAAUAUUGCGUAAUCAUGCUAACAACAUGGCUUGUAAAGCCUAGUUCUCGAGAUAUAAAGCGAUAGCAAUGACGACUUAAGUGCAAUACGCUUCAUAUUUCUGUAUCGUGCAUCGUAGUUACAUGUAUAGCACAUGUAGCUAAUAAGUAAACACGCGUAGGACUGUUUUGUGCAGCUGCUACUCAUUUACAGGUUUAAACGCAGAAAAGUACUACAUCAUAUCUAGACAGUCCUUUAUUCUGAUAUAAAUGGAUUCUAAUUUAGUACUUUUUGUCACCUUGACCACAUAGAUGUAUCCCUAGUCAGUGUACAUUUGUGAAGUUAUAGUAUUCCAGCACAAAACAAGGCCCAUUUCGAGUACUGAUUACACAGGCGACCAGCAAGUUUACCCACAAUGUUUAUGUAGAUUUGGUUCUAUUUUCUCCUCUGUAGCAUAAUAUGAAACUUUGCAACAUGAAAUUGUACUAUGAAAAGAAUACAUGUACGUGUAUCAAUUUUUGCAAAACUGCA